AUGACGCCGAACUUUGCUCGGAUUUCUUCCGAGGACCUCGCUCAACUUCAAUCCUCUGUUCAAAUUCUGGACCUUCCUUCUCGUCAAGAUUUCAGCAAAGUCGAAGCUCGCUUUGCGGACAAAUCCUCGCGAACCAAUCAUCUAAAGUCUUUUCUGCCUAGACGCAAUUACGACUACAUCAAGCUCUGCCUAGAAACUCCCAAACUCAAAGGCGUGGUUGUUACAGACUUUGAGCUGGUCUCGAAGGAUAUCGUACUUGGUGGCAAGGGCGAUCUCUUUCUUCUAUCUUCUGAAUCCCAUUCAAGUCUUCAUGUUCUACUCUGGAAAGGCCGUGUGGUUGUUCCUCAAGAUCAAGUCUACGACGUCUUGCAGUAUUGUCAUAGAAAAAGUGAUCACGGCGACUUUUCAGGAACUUUGGCUAUAGUGAGGGAGUAUUAUACCUUCGUUCCAUCCAUUUUGGUUCGAGGUUUUGUUGAUGCUUGCCCUACGUGCACCGCUAAACGCGCUCUCAACAACGUUUUCUCGUACGCCGCUCCGGAUAUCAACAAUGCGACUUCAUUCAGUAACUCUUUCGACCUUCUCGCUGUCUCGAACUCGCAGGAUGAAGAACUUUCCACCCUUCCCACAUCCAGCCCUUUCAUCUUCUCAGGCCUGGAUUUCGAAGAUUCCCACCCAAUGGAACUUCCUGUGCCGCCUCCGUUAUUCUCUCGUCUCUCCACUGGCUCUAGAGGUUCUCACGAUGGUCUUCCUCAAAGCCUUCCUAUGUCUCGCGAAGUAUCGCUUUUUCAAGGAAUUCCGAAUGGCUGGCAAUAUUUCACCGACUACGACGUCGCUCAUAAAGAUUUCGUCGAGCAUAAGGACGAAGUAAUGUCUCAGCAGCUCAAACCUCCCGCUCAUCAAAAGCGUCCUAGGAUUCCUAGUAUUGCUCCGCUGAACACUACAAACACCAAUUCUGGCGGACGAGCUGACGUGAAUACAGCAAAGGAAAAAGGUGUACGGGCUAAUGUACAAAUUCGGAAUGGAGGCUCCGAAUGUGACAUCCCGACCGCCAAUCCGAACGGCGGGUGA